CUCCCUAUAGCUCACACCCUCUAGUCCUGGCACUCCUUCAAAAACACCAAGCUCCUGUCAAGCAGCAAGCCGAACCCUCCUCUGUUCUACGCCCUGACACCAUGACACCAGAAGGUAUGUAUUUUACGGCCUCAAGAAGGUUUGUUAUCUGUUGCUGCGGAAACAGCGGACAAAGCACUUAAUUGGCACCCACAGUAAAUUAAGCUCACACUCACGGGAAGCCCCAUGCGAUGAAUAGUUAAUUUCCCCCUCCUGCUGCUAAUGAAAAGCGAUCUUUAAUUCAUUGUCCAUCCCAUAAGGAAGUUUACUCAAUAUGGGGAAAUGUUUGAAAAGUCCUCCGCACGUCACACUCCGAUGGGAGAUAUAAUUGGGACAAUGGCUAUUGCUGGUCGCUACCUGUUUUAAUGUCCACACGCUUGCUGGACUUAUUACAGAGCAAUACUGUGUGUGUACAGUGUGUGUGUGUGCUCCCUCCUCUACCUGUCCUGUCCGCUGCCAGUUUGUUCAUGUACAAGCCGGAGUAGGGAAUAAUUCUCGACUGUGUUGAUGUCCGAUCCUGGAGAUUUUUACACCACGAUAAGGCCGCACAAGGAUUUUUGGAGAGGCUGUCUUCAAAGUCGAUAAUGCAUUUGUCAUUUCUCUGUCAUUGGAAUGAAACGGCGAGGGACAGAAAUAGCAGCGGCGAUAUUUGGGAUCAUCAUUCUCCUGGGAGUCAUCGCUGGCAUUGCCAUUUGCUUUGGCAUGUGUAUGAAUAACUACUGGAACUCGCGUGUGGGGGUCAUGCAGGGACCUCAGCUCAAUACCGUCACGCGAUUCAACGCCUCACCUUCUCCUCCCCCCUACAGUCACAACCAAGAGAUGGAUGAUGCUGGCGAUCCACCCCCACCAUAUAGUCUCACGUCUCCAGCUGCUCCACAGUCUACGCCACCCCCACCUUACCCAGGCUGCUCAAGUAAAUAAACUCCCCAACGCCCGAUGUUAUUGAACGCUGGAAACCGGAUGCUGAUUGGGGAAGGUCAUCGCUCCAUAAUGAACGCGGGUGCCUCGGGCUGCUAGAAGGAAUGUGCCGUCAUACCCCUGACUUAUUCCAGCUCCGCGGCCGAACGCUAAUGACAUCCUCGAUUCUUUAAGCAACAUCCAAGAUGGCCACCAACCCAGGCGGCCAUUUGCAUGCGGGCCACCGCAGUAGAUCUACAAUCACAUAUUACAAUCGCUCCACACUCUAAAAUCCCCACUCCUACAGUAACAUUUCUUACCCUAACUAUGAUCUUCUUAAACUUGGACUUUGAUGGCUUUACCUUUAACGUUAUUCCCUUAUCAUGUAUCU